AUGUUGAUCUCAGAGUGUGAAAAGUUCCUAACGAGGUUACGGGCUCUCCCACCAACUGCUACUCAAGAGCUAUCGGUGUUAGGAGUAAUUAAUGAGGCAUUCGCGUGUCCAUCUGCUCACGUACGCUCUGGGUGUCUUGACCUUCUAGCUGGAUGGAACAGUCCACAAAUUUGUCUUAGUGCAGGUUCAGCUGGUGAAGUUGUGCUGUGGCAUACUGCGGAUGGUGAUCCCAGAGUACGUGAUCGUUCUUUCCAUUGUCUCUUAACGUGGCUAUCUUCACUCAACGCCGUCUUGAAAUCUAGUGAGUUUAGUCGUCCAGGGAAAGCAAAGUAUUUCAACAACCAUAAAGAGUCUGCAAAAAAGGAGUUGACUGGGUGGUUUGAAGCGAAUCUGGAGUCUGUUUAUUCAGCUGCUUGUCAAGGGUUACUAGAUAAUGAAGAGUUGGUCCGUCGAACUAGUUUACAUGUUCUUGGAAAGUUGAGUACUAUUUGGCCGCAUCGUAGUUUGACAGAUGUUCCUGUCUUCAGUUUGAAUUCGUUAGUAUCAUCAAAAAUAUUUCUGGACUCUGAUUUGCAAGAAACUCAAUUAGUUGAUGAUGCUUUUAUUCGUGUGUGUUGUCGACUUCAAGAUCCUAGUCGAAGUGUUAGACAGUUGGCUGCUCACAUAAUGGCUGAUCUGGCUAAAUUUGUUACAGAAAAUUGUUUAUUACAAACAUUGGAGAAAACAGUCAUGUCCGACCGGCAAGUACGUCGAUCUAUGAUGGAAGGUGAUAAUAAGUCGAAGGACAGAAAAAACAAAAGUAACAACAACAAUAGUCUACGCUCCACAGUGGAUAACCGUUUACAAACUAAAAAUCUUACUUCAGAUUCUAUUAAUUUAAUAUCGACUGGCUGUAAUGGAGCUAUCAUUAGCGGAUUGGAAGAUGAUUAUUUUGAAAUAAGAUGUACUACGUUAGCUACAGUUACGCAUAUUGCAUCUCUCAAUACUCGAUUCGCAUUAAAUUGUCAAGAUCUCUUAGUUGACAUGUUAACUGAUGAUAUACAAGAUGUACGAUUGGCAGCUGUUCGGGCUUUAAGUGUCGUUGGUGAUAAGGUGCCUGUAAAAAGUGAACAAGUAUCCAUUAUUACAUCAGCUCUUGCUGAGGGAUCUGGUCGUAUUCGACGAAGGCUGCAUCAUUUAUUAUCACAGUGUCGUUUAGCUUCGGCUCCUUGUCUAAUUAGUUUACUGGACGGACUUUUGCAAAAUUUAAGACGAUAUCCGAAGAUAGAGAUAAUUUAUGGAGAUGUGCUGCUUCUUCUAUUACGAACACAUUCAUGGUUGAAUGGUCCGGAACCUGUGAAAGAAGAUCCAGCUUAUCUUACAGUAUUAUUGCUUGUUUUAAAUGCUGAACCUAGUAUACCUGGUAUGCUGGCUAAAUUCCCUAGACAUGUAGCAUCAACUAAGAUUUAUCUACAAGAAUUGUUACCUUCUUUAUUGCCAAAAACUGUUGUAAAUGACGAGUUUCAAAAUGUUUCUUCACUGGAUUUACCGAAUAAGAAAUUAUGUUUAUCUACUGAUGGUACAUUGAAUGCAUCAACUAUUAUGGAACAUUGUAGUUUAUAUAAAUUUAUUGCUUCAACUAUAUGUCGUAUUUGUAAAUUGUUCAUCAUGAUUCAUAAUGAAUUAUCUAGUUAUUAUUUAUCAUUUAAACAAAAUAAUUUAGAAGAAAAAUGUAAUAAUCAACAUUUUAAAAUACCGUGUUAUAAAUAUCAAUCACGUCGUAAUGCUUUAUUAUCUCAUCUUAUAUUUAAUGAUUUAAUAAAUUGUAUUAAAAAAUUAAAUCAUAAUAGUAAAUUAAAAAAUUUAUUAUAUUGGUUAAUAUUAAUUACAACAAUUGGUUGGUUAUUAGUAUCAGCUAAUUCAUUAUCAUCUUCAUCCACAUCCUCCUCAUCAUCAUCAACAUCAUUGUCAUCAUCCUUAACAACAACAACUUCAUUAUCUAUGGAUAAGAGUUUACAAUUGAAUUAUAAUUUUAAAGAGAAAUUAAUUCAUCCAAUUUAUGAACGUAUUAUGAAAUUAUUAAAUAAAGCAGUACGUAAUUCACUUAAGAUAAAUCAUUUAUUCUCUGGUAAGACAAAAUAUGAAUCUAUUUAUGUAUCUCGAUUAUGUUCGAAUACAUUUAAAUUGCUUCAAUCAUUCACAAGUGAUCAUCAUCAAAUCAAUGUCAAUUAUUUAUUGGAUUCAUUAAAUUCAAUUAUCAAUUUAUUAUCUAAUUCAUCAAUACAACAAAAUGAUGUUACUUCAUCAUUAUCGAUUAUUGAUCUAUCUAAACCAUUGUCAAGUAACACUAGAAAACGUUCUUUUCCAAUGGAAUUCAAUCUAGAACAAUUCAAUGAUGAUUAUGUCAUAUUAAUUGAUUAUUUAAUGGAUUUAUCCAAUAGAUUAAUACCAGUCUAUGCGAUACUACUACAACCAUCUAGUAAUAGUAGUAGUUUAAUGAAUUUAGAAAAUAAUUAUAAUAUUGAUACAAGAUCAAUAAUUUCAUUGAAUCAAUAUCAACCAGAUAAUAAUAUUAUGAUUAUGAUGAAUAUGUUAAAUGAAAAUGAUCUAUUAAGUAUGAAUACUAAUCGGAUUGAUUUGCCAACAUCAUCAUUUAGUCAUGUUAGUGGAAAUGUUAGUAUACCAGAGAUUCGUUUCACUGCAAUUAUUGCAUCAGCUAUGAUAAGGAUUAGAGCGAUCAUUAUUGGUUUGAAUAUUGAGAUGGCACGGUAA